AGAGAAAAAAGAAAAAGAGAUGACACGAAUUUAACUUCUACACAACCGGAAGAAGUAAAAAUGAGGAAUUUAUUAAUGGUUGGUUACGCUGGUAGUGGUAAAUCCACAUUAUCUAAUGUACUAGGUGGUGCUGGUCAUUCUGAAGGAAACAAGUACUCAAUUAAUAAGAAAAAAAAUUACCGAAUAAAAGAUUUUGAAUGGAAGGGAACGAAAUAUCAAGUAGUUGAUACCACUGGAAUUGGAGACAUUAAGUUAACUAAAAAGAAAGUCAUAUAUGAAAAAAUAGCAGAGAUAAUUUAUCAGAUGCCGGAAGGGAUAAACCAAGUUUUAUGGGUUAUUGACGGAAAAUUUUCGGCGGAAGAAGCAAGUACGUUUAACUUGCUUAAAGAUUUCAUCUUUGAAAGUGGUAUUGCUGAAUAUAUCACAAUAGUGAGAACUAAGUUCAGUAACUUUAAAAAUAAGGAUGAAUGCAAAAAUGAUAAAGAAGAUUUAUGUAAGGAGAACGAAUCAAUUGCUAAAUUAUGUAAAAGUAUCGUUUACGUAGACAAUCCUCCGGUAGAUAUUUCUGUUCGUGAUGAUGACGAUAAAGAAACGAUUAGAAUUAAUAAAAGAAGAAGAAACCAUUCAAGAGAGAUACUACUAGAUCACUUGGAUAAAGUAUGCUGGAAAAAAUACUACAAAUUAAAAAUAUGGGAUAAUUUACAAAAUAAGAUUGACAUAGGAAAUAUUGCUGAAGAAGUGGAACGCAAUUUGAAAAUAGAAUUUCCAGUAUUGGAACGAAAUUUAAAAUCAGCACUAAAUUUUAAUUCCGUGGAGACUGUUAGACGUGAUUUCAACUCGUACAAAUUCAUUUAAAAGUUUUAAUCAACUAAUUAAGUUAAAAGAAGGAGAGAAAGAAACAAUUAAAAAAUUAAUAAUAGUUGGUCGCACUAAUAGUGGUAAAUCUACAUUAGCCAAUGUACUGAAAAAAGAAACGAAAUAUUUUGUGGUUGAUACUGGGGCCGCUAAGCUAAAUAAAAAUAUAAUAAGAUUUUCGGAAGGGAUAAGCCAAUUUUUAUUUGUUAUUGACGGAAAAUUCACGGCAGAAGAAGUGAAGGCUAUUUUUGAUAGCGGUAUUUAUGAAAAUGUUACUAUUGUGAGGACUAAAUUUAGUAACUUUAAGAAUAAAGAUGAAUGUAAUAGAGACAAAGAGGA